CACUAGCCACGGCCAUGGCCAAGAUGCCUGACCUCCGCAAAGCUGGCUUGACAAGCCCCACAACCAUCUCUUCAUCAUCUUCUAACAACAACCUGUCCGUGUUGCAAAACAUAUUCAACAAUGACGAGAAACUCGCCAAGCAGAUCCUCAACGCCGCAAAGCGCGUCUCGAAGAAACGAAGCGCACCAACCGCCACUGAAUCUUCAAAUAAUGAUGCUACACCAUCUAGCGGCGCUUCCCACGGGCAGAAACGCAGGAAAACCAGCGCGUCCACCUUCUCUUCGUCGAUAUCUGGGAACCUACCGGGCCUCGAAAAAGAGGAGCAAGAAGACGCGCUGCGACUGCCCGAGAUGCCAACCUCUAUGACCGAAGAAGAGCUCUCGAACACAAUACUGCACACGAACCGCGCACCGCUUGUGCUUGCAUUUGCAGUGGUACUGCUGAAAUACACCAUGCCUGAACAACCGCUGUCGAGUCGGCUGAGCCUUGCGCAGGCCUACGUGAGCAUAAGCAGUCGUAGUCGGGCGGUGAGCUUGGGACUGGAAUCGGGAAAGAGCGCGGAAGAGGAAGGGUGGGGACAGGGACAGCCGGUGGUGAGAGUCAUGGGGAAGGAUAUUUGUGUGUUGCGCAGAUGGGAUUAUGAGACUGACAGUAGCGGCCUUGGAAAAAGUACGUCCGACAAUGGUGCUGGCGAAGAGACAAAACAGAACGAGGAGGAGUCUGGUUUGCACAGUGGUGAUAAUGCGUCUCAAAAGGAACAGAAUGCUUCAUUGGACAGCUCAUCAGGGCCCGCGCACGAAAGCCAGCAUCAGGAGCAGGAGCAGGACCAGAACCGGGCACCCGCGUUAUGGGGGCUAGAUCUAGAAGCGCUCAAAGCGUCAAACACCAAGCCCGGUGGCACGGCCACCAGAGACAGAGGCAAAGGCAGUAUUACUUAUGGACAUUUACCGAUAUACACGCCUCAGUCUGCGAGAGAUUACUUGCUCCGGUCAUUUGCCAGCGGAGCACAUGCCAAAGGCUCUACCGCUACUACGGGGUCUCCGAGAGAAGGGCAAUCGAGAGCACAACGAAAGGGACAAGGACAAGCAUCUGCAGCUGCCGCCGAAAAGGAGCGCAAUUUGGGUCUUCUGCUAAAGGCGCUUGAUCUGCUAUAUGCAUCAUGGGCACCAGUCAUGUCUGCCGAGGAGCUGGAUCGCAAGUCCUGGCCGUGGUACGCGCAGGUACGGCCGGCUGUAGAGCACGGGGUUGCGGGCUGGGGCGGGAAAAAUGAAGUCAAACUUGGAGAUAUAUUAGCCUUACGGCGAAGAACUUGAUUAUAUUGGUGCUAGACGAUGGCGCCACUGGAUGAAAGCGUAUUUGUUGUUUUAAUGUUGAUACCCAGACAGUUCAUAUAAAUGACGCCUUGUUCCCCGUGGAAAAA